AUGGAUCCCUUGUCAGUCACAGCAAGCAUACUGGCCAUCCUUGGAGCAGGUGGGAAGAUUGGCAAAGGGCUGAAAAAGGUCGUCCAUCUCAAAGACGCACCUGAUGCAUUACUGGCGUUGAAUAACGAAGUAGCGGAUUUGAAACUCGUAGUUGCUGAUAUUGAUGACCACCUCCGAGCCCUAGAGGAAGUAUCCGACAGCGCACCUCCGAAAAGUGUGACCAGUGCGCUCGAAAAGGUGAAAUCGACAACACUGGAACUUGAACGCUACAUUGCUUACGACUUGACCACCGUCGAUGGAAAGACAAAGGAUCUUCGAGUUGAUAGAUCCAAGUGGAUGAGAGCAGAGGUUGUUCUAUCAAACCUCAGAGAAGCUAUCCGCGGAGACAGAGUCGCUUUAGGCUCAGGGCUGAAUCUUAUUGCGUUAAUCACAGCGAAAGAUGGCGUCAGAUUAACCAAGAAGGUCUACUGCUCACUCGAGGCUGUGCACAACAGCAUCCUUGACUCCCGAGAUGCUCUCAAGAAUGAGUCUGAAUCUCAGUCAAUACCAAAGCUUUGUGACGCGGACCAUCAACAACAACCAUCCCCACAUCCUUCAACGGUGGGCUGCCAUAAUACUUUUGACCUGCAUGAGAGAAUCAGCUCUGACACGAGAGGCCUCCGGAAGAACAACGGAACACAGUCACUCCUGAAAUACACGAAGGGACCAGAAUUCCUUCUGAGGGUAUUGAGAGUCCGCAGUUCGUAUGAUUCGAUCGUCCAAGUGAUGAUGAAGUGGUCUGAUAAUAAGGCAUUGCUGAAUGAAGUCAAGCGACAGCUUGAUGCUGGUGAAGCCUCGGUACUAGAUCUGUUCGAAGAUGUUGACAAAAGCCUGGUGCAGCUGGCGAUCUGUUUUAUGCUAUGGGAUGUGGUUCACCUACUCAUUUGCUACGGAGCAGACAUGACUUAUGAGAGUAGCUGUGGGCGGAUCCCAUGGUUUGAGCUUUGGGAAUGGCGCUGGGCAAGGCGACGUAUACCGGCUCGCACAUAUCAAGCACUGGUAGAAACCUGCCAGUUUCCACGUCAAAUUGAUAUUCUUCGGGUUCCUCCACUACAUCGCGCUUAUUUCAGGUCUGGUGGACUAAGCUUCGAGUCGUCCCUUUUGUCGACUUCCAGGGCAGAUGUUGACGGAGAAGACUUUCAAGGUCGAACAGUCUUAUCAUGGGCUGCAAUAAAGAGUGAUGCACGGUCAAUCCUAAGACUUCUGAGAUGCGGCGCGGACCCCAAUCAAGUCGACUUACACGGUGAUACUCCUCUUCAUCAUGCAGUCAGUGCUCGAAAUACCGAAUGCAUAGAGAUUCUGCUAGCAUCGAAAGCUGACCCAAACGCGAACAAUGAUACCAACUGCAGACCUUUGCACGCAGUGAAGGACAAUCCCGAUGUGGAACGGCAGAUUGGGUCCCUUGUCAAUUACGGAGCCAAGAUCAACGAACAAGAUGAUGUAGGGCGCACACCGCUGCAUUUUGCAGCAAUGUUUGCGGCGCCCUCUGUCUGUAAAGCCUUGCUCAUUUAUGGCGCUGACAUCAACCUCCAUUGUAAUGGGCGUGAGACACCCGUUUUUACGGCGAUCAAACGUAGGACAGCCUGUAAUCUUAGAGUCUUCCUCCAAAACAAAAAGCUGGACUGGACAAUCGCAACGAACAGAGGCGAGGGUCUUCUCCAUUACGUUGCCAUCGAUGGAUGGACCUGCAUGGAGCUGGCGAGAUGGCGAAGAGAUUGUCAGGGCGAAUGGUCAAAGACGCUCAGCAUGCCUCCGGACAGAGAUCCAAUAGCAUGGUUCGAAGCUUUCGGGAACUUGAUUCUCGACAUCAGAAUACGUCACAAGCGUGUGAGAAUGUCCAAAGACGACAACAAGGGUCCAGAGAGCAGUGGAACUCGAGCUGAGAUCAAUCAUGACGAAAUUGCAGACAGUGAUAACGCCAAAAACGACGGCUAUGACGAUAAUGACAAUGAGGAGGAACAAUGGGAGGACGCUCAUGAGGGUCUUUAA